ACAACUCUAAUUCGUGAUAGCUAUGGCGUACGCAGUGGGUUUUUGAUACAUGACGUCUGGUUGUCUGUAUGUUAUACUUGCACAUUGUAUCUGCAUUGCGAAUGUAUAUAUCUGUAUAUAUCAAGAAAACUGAAAAAUUACCAUUACGCUAUACGAAAUAAAAGUUCAUAAGUAAUUACAGACAUUAGUUAGAAGCUGAUACGUUGACAAUCAGUUUGUGCGUUGUAUUGGGCAAUACCAUUUUUUUUUGUCUGUCUCCUGUCAAAAGUUUUAACCAAAAUCCUCUGCGCGAUUACCCGAAGUGCCCGUCUGUGGACCGAGGAAAUCGUCAAAAUUGUAUAUAUCUCUGAGAAAAUAUGCCAGAUAGUGGUGCUGUUUAUCAACCUACGACAGUAGGUUACACAUACGAUAGCGGAGGUGACGGUACUGGAGGUAGUAACAAUUUAAGAGGUUGUUUCUGGAGAAUUAUAUCAAGACAUAAACUUAGCUCUAGAAACUGGCUUGAAUGGAUAUUAGUCUCAGCUGUUUUGUCGUUUAUCAUUGCUGGUAUAACAAUGAUAACCACUGAUCCAUCACGAGAAACUAAAAUAAAUAUUACACAAAAGGUAGACGAGGAUCCAACUAUGUCGCAAAGCGAUGAAGAACAUACUAAAUAUACUACAAAACAUUCCAUGCCACCAGGUAUUUUCCUGAUAUUAACAGGGCUAGUGUUGGGCUUAAUUUGGGCUUGGCUUCAUUUCUUCCAUCGCGCUAAAUCUACAAGAGGUGGAAUGGUCUUAAGCAGUGGUCAGAUGUUGGGCGGUUUGAAUCCAUCAACUGACUUCCUGGUGGGUUCCACUUCGCAGUACGGACCUGUACUAACGGAGCUGCCGAAUCAACUAACGAUGAAGUUGGAACAGACAAGUCCUCAUGAUACUCCAGCGAUACCACUUUCUGAUCAAGAAGAAGAAACCCGUACCUUAAUGCAGGAUUCUACAAUUCCCACGGUAGUCUCCAUUGGCCCUAAUACCAUUGCUAAUCAGAAAGGUUAAUUGCAUCGAUGUGUAGUAAGAACACACGAUGUGAACAUUCUUUUAAUUUUAUGUGAACAAACCUGAAUCGCGAUUUUUGCCAUUUUCGUGAAUUAUGUGAUUUUUUACAAAUAGAAGAACUAUUCUUUUUUAAUAUUUUAUUAGAAUUCCUUUGCCUGAUUUUGAAAUGUAAACAGUUUUAUUUCUGUAAAUUAUCGGCACAAGUUAAUAGCGUAAGGUAUCGUUUAUUUUAUUUUCUUUAAAUUUUAUUUUUUAGAUUAUAUCUAUGCAUUCCUCCACUCCGUCCAUUAUCAUUGGUAAUUUGUUAAAUAAGCAUUGAAUCCAGAUAUAUUACAGAUAAUAAAUUUUAGAAAAAUUUGUUUAUGAUAUAAGAUAUUUUUCAAAACAAUAUUCACAUUAUUGUUUAAAUAGCAUGUUUAAUAGUAGUAACUACAUUGGUUGUCUUUAUAUGAUAGUAAUUUAUAUUAGCACAUUAUUGGUCUGAAAUGACCAGUUACGAAUGCAUGUAUAAAUAAAUGAUAUUUUGUAUUACUCUGCCCAGUUUAAUAUAAUGGCAGCAUUAAGUGUCACCGACAAUAUUUGUAACAAACUAUUUGCUCAUCUGAAGAAAAAUGAGCUUUAACAUAUGGUGGUAUUAGCAAAAUAAAGGGAUGUGUAUAUAUUAGAAUAAAGUACAUAAAUUAUAAUAGAAGGCAAUCUCAUCCCUUCAAAUUAAAUUGGAAUGUUUGUGAUAUGACGUAGUGAAGGCGAUACACUGCACAAUUUUUGUUAUAUUACUUUAUCAUUUUUGUACUUAUGUUCUUUACAGUUAGUAUUUCUAAUUACAUACAACUUAAUAUAUACUAAUUGCAUACAUUUUUAUAAUAUAAAUAUUUUGAUACUUUGAUGAAAUUUUGGACCUGUUUUACUGAUUUUACAUCUAUUGAGACUGGGUAAUAUUAUUCAUAUAUUGUAUAAAGUAUAAAAUAUAAGGUAAUCUGUGGUUAAGCUGUUCUUAUUAUCAGCUACAAAUUUUAAAUGAUCUUUAUUUAUAUAUUAUUUUACGUGAUGUUAAAAUUGGAUUUACAACAAAAAAGAACAAUUUUUAUUAUGCAUUAAAAGUAUAUUUGAUAAACAAUGUCAUCUCAGCAUUUUUCAUGCACUUUUUAUAGAUAAGUUUCAUUUAAAACAAAAUUGUUGAGUUAUUUUAUUUGUUAAUAACACUUUAUGAAUGUGAAUAUUUAAAAGAAAGAAAUUAAAUAAAUAUCAGUCUGGAUUCAAUGCAUAGAAUGAAUAUGCAUUAACAAUAUUAUUUUAAUGAUUUAUGUGAAAAUCAUACUAUUAGUUAAUGAUUUAUUCAUUCAUUUAUGUAAGUAUUCUUAUUAAAUAAGGAAAAUAAAUAAUUGAAAAAUUA